AUGCAGCUUUUCUCUCUGGUAGUUUUGUUAGCCAGUGCCUGCCAGGUGCAGGCCAAGGCUGUAUUUGCUCACUUUAUGCUAGGGAAUAGUGACAACUACACCAAGUCCAACUGGGAACAAGACAUUUCGGCGGCCAAGGAGGCACAUAUCGACGCUUUUGCGAUCAACACCGGUUUUGGCCUAUCAAUUCAUCGAAUGUUGACCGAUGCAUUCGCAGCUGCGGAUGAACUGGACUUUAAAUUAUUUCUGUCCUUGGACUACUCGGGAGAUGGACACUGGCCGCAGGACCAAGUCAUAAAUUACCUCAAAGACUUCACCAAGCUGCCCGCUUACUUCAAAACCGAUGACAAUAAACCCCUUGUCUCCACUUUUGAAGGGGACCAAGCUGUUGGUGAUUGGAAGAACAUCAAGGAUAAGAUAGAUUGUUUCUUUAUUCCGGAAUGGUCCGGGCUGCGUCCAGAAAAAGCCAUCUCCUAUGAGCAAGUCGACGGUCUGAUGAGCUGGAGUGCUUGGCCGAAUGGUACCGACCCAAUGACCACAGAAACCGACAAAGAAUAUCUGGACGCUCUCAAGGGGAAACCGUACAUUAUGCCUGUCUCGCCCUGGUUCUACACCAAUCUGGUUAGGUUCCAUAAGAAUUGGGUAUGGCAGGGCGAUGACCUCUGGUACACACGCUGGCAGCAGGUUCUCGAGAUCGAACCAGACUACGUUGAAAUCCUCACCUGGAAUGACUAUGGCGAGUCGCACUACAUUGGCCCGAUACACCAGAGCGGCCUUGCUGUCUUCGAUUACGGGCAGGCGCCCUUCGACUAUGCCAAGGACAUGCCCCAUGACGGGUGGCGGAACUUCCUGCCAUAUGUUAUCGAUCUUUACAAGAACGGAGGCAAGGAUGCUAAGAUCGAAGACGAGGGCCUUGUCAGUUGGUACCGAGUUAAUCCCGCGUCGGCAUGUUCCUCGGGUAAGACCACAGGAAAUACCGUUACCCAAGCGCAGCAGACGAUGGAGCCCCAGGAGGUGCUCCAGGAUAAGGUUUUCUUUUCCGCCCUGCUGGAGUCCUCCGCUGACAUCUCCGUCACUAUCGACGGCAAAAGUCGGGCUGCGAGCUGGACAGAUACGCCAGAUGGAGGGAAGGGAAUUUACCACGGCAGCAUCCCGAUCAACAACCAGACCGGAGCUGUCGUCGUGACCUUAACACGAGAUAAUGAAUUACUAGCUGAGAUUGACGGCCAUCCGAUCACGUCAGACUGCGUUAAAAAUAUGACCAACUGGAACGCAUGGGUGGGAAAUGCCACCUCGACGGGUCCAAAACCUUCUUCGCCGUCGGGGUCGUCAGAGCAGGACUCCUCGUCUAAUCGACUAGUCCUGCCAGGGCUUCUCCCCGUUGCUGUGAUGUGGAUUCUUUUCUUUCUGUUCUGA